CUUAUUAUCUGGCGUAACCUGGGAUUUUAUUGGAUAAGCGACACCGCCCUGUGUCCGCGAUGGCUUUUCUCCGGCGAGACUCCCUGGUAACCAGGCAGCUGCUGCGGCUGGUUCUGUUGCACACGGCCUGGGAGGUGGGCAGCGCCCAGGUCCGUUAUUCCGUGCCGGAGGAAUCCAAACACGGCACCUUUGUGGGCCGCCUGGCCCAGGACCUGGGGCUGGAGGCGGCGGAGCUGGUGUCUCGGAUGUUCCGGAUGGUCUCCAGCGGCAGGAGAGACUAUUUUGAGGUAAAUUUGCAGAACGGCGUUUUGUUUGUGAAUUCGCGACUAGACAGGGAAGAGCUGUGCGGCCAGAGCCCCCUGUGCACCAUUGACCUGGAGGUGAUAGUGGACAAACCCCUGAGGAUAUUUCACGUGGAAGUGGAGAUACAGGAUAUAAAUGACAAUGCUCCUGUGUUCCCUGAAAAUAAAGAAAAUCUGUUUAUUUUAGAAUCGAGAUUACCCGACUCACGUUUCCCACUAGAGGGCGCUUCAGAUGCAGAUAUUGGUACAAACUCUGUGCUAAUUUAUAAACUCAGCCCAAGUAAACAUUUUACUGUAGACAUGCGAACGAACGAUGAAAAAAGUAAAUCGUUAGUCCUUGUAUUAAGGAAACCAUUGGACAGAGAGGAAACCCCUGAGCACAGUUUAUUACUCACUGCCACAGACGGGGGCAAACCAGAGCUCACCGGCACAGUUCAGCUGGUGGUCACGGUGCUAGAUGUGAAUGAUAACGCGCCUGUAUUUAAUCAGUCACUUUAUAAAGUCCAGUUACUAGAAAAUGCUCCAAACGGAUCACUAGUAAUUAAACUCAACGCUACAGAUUCGGAUGAGGGAAUAAAUAAUGAUAUUAUAUAUUCAGUUCGCAGUGUCACUCCGAUCACUGAAAGCUCCAUGUUUAGCAUAGAUUCAAAGAGUGGUGAACUGAGAGUGAAUGGAAAACUGGACUUCGAAGACGCUAGUUUACACGAGAUUCAAAUCGAGGCUACAGAUAAAAAUCCGCAUCCCUUGGCUGGGCACUGCAAUAUUUUGGUGGAAGUGUUAGACGUGAACGAUAACGCCCCUGAGCUGGCCGUGACUUCCCUUUCCCUGCCGGUUCCGGAGGACGCUCCCCCGGGGACAGUGGUGGCUCUCAUUAGCGUCUCUGACCGGGACUCGGGAGACAACGGCAAAGUCACCUGCUCCAUCCCCCCGAACCUGCCCUUUCGGCUCGUCUCCACCUUUAAGAAUUAUCACUCGCUGGUGCUGGCGGAGGCCGUGGAUCGGGAGCGAGUGUCUGAAUAUAAGAUCGUGGUGACAGCCAGAGACGAAGGGGCCCCGUCUCUCUCGGCCAGCAGCAGCAUUUUGGUGGCGAUCUCGGAUGUGAACGAUAACGCCCCCGCUUUCCCUCAGCCCGUUUACACGGUAUUUGUGAAGGAAAACAACCCGCCCGGGGCCCAUCUCUUGACCGUGUCUGCCUGGGACCCGGACCUGAGGGAAAACGCCUUUGUGAGCUACUCGGUGGUAGAGCGAAGUGUGGGAGAGCAGCCCCUGUCCAGCUACAUCUCGGUGCACUCGGAGAGCGGGCACAUCUAUGCCCUGCAGCCCUUGGACUACGAGGAGCUGCAAGUGCUGCAGUUCCAGGUGAGCGCGAGGGACGCCGGGUUGCCGUCGCUGUGCGGGAACGGGACUGUGCAGCUCUUUGUCCUGGAUGCAAAUGACAACGCGCCCGCAGUGUCCCCGGCUGGCUCGGUCCGCGGCUCGCCAGGGCCCGAGCUAGUUCCGCUGUCGGCCGGCGCUGGGCACGUGGUGGGCAAGAUCCGAGCGGUGGAUGCGGAUUCCGGCUACAACGCGUGGCUUCGCUACGAAGUGCAGGAGCCCAGGGCUGCGGGGCCUUUCCGGGUGGGUGUGUACAGCGGGGAGAUCAGCACGACACGGGCCUUGGAGGAGGCGGACGGCCCCAGCCAGAGACUCGUGAUCCUGGUGAAGGACCAUGGGGAGCCGUCGCUGUCCGUGACAGCCACUGUCAGCCUGUCCCUGGUGGAGAGUCCCCAGGCUGUGAAAUGGGACUCGAGGCCAAGGGGCGGGAGCGAAGGGCCCUUGGUUGACAUGAACAUGUCUUUAAUAAUCGCCAUUUGCUCGGUGUCCGGGCUGUUUGUGCUGGUAAUUGUCGUGUACGUUGGCCUGAGAUGCCACCCGAGUCCGGAAGUGAUGUGCGGGCCUGGGAAAGCCACUGUGGUGUGCGCGAGCGAAGUGGGGAGUUGGUCCUAUUCCCAGCGCAGAGCCGGAACUUGUGUGUAGGGGAAGGCACCGCCAAGAAUGAUCUCAUGGUUUUCAGCCCCAACUUCCCUCCCUCUUCGAAGAUUGAGGGGAACUGGACACGGGAGCAGUUAA